AUGGCAUCGGUGGAUCGAUCAAGAACUCCAUGGUUGAUAUUUACAGGGCACAGACCAAUGUAUUCUAGCUGUGGAGGUGUUAGUGUUGAUCCAAGAUUUCUUCAACAAGUUGAACCCUUGCUAUUGACAAACAAGGUGGACUUGGUUUUGUUGGCACAUGUCCAUAACUAUGAAAGAACGUGUGCGGUGUAUGGAAACCAAUGUAAGGCAAUGCCAAAGAAAGGUGCAGAUGGGGUGGACACAUAUGACAACAAAGAUUAUAAAGCACCAGUUCAUGCAGUUAUUGGGAUGGCUGGAUUUAAACUAGACAAAUUCCCUCCCAAGGCUGCUACAUGGAGCAUAUCAAGAAUAACUGAAUUUGGAUAUACGAGAGUCCAUACAACAAAGACACAAUUAGAUUUUGAGUUUGUAAAUGCAUAUACGAAGAAGGUUGAAGACAGGUUUCGAAUCAUCAGAAGCUGAUAUUCAUGAAUAUGGGAUGAUGUUUGUUUAAAACUCAUUGAGUUUAUAUGAUCAUCACCCACCGUAAACGGACAUAUGAUGUUUAAAACUCAUUGAGAAUAAUAUGAUCAUCACCCACCGCAAACGCUGACCAGUUGAGUGUUUUGAUACAUGUAUUGUAAUUGUGUUAUAGGAACUAUAUAAGCUAAACACUUAAAAUAAGUGAGCACGCCAAAAAAUGAUUUUUUAAA